AUGGGAGGCUAUAACAGUGUCCUCAUAGAUGUAAAAAGGCACCGGGGAUACGGAGGCAGAGCCUAUUAUAAAUGGGGGAAAACAAGCUACCAAUGUAGCUAUAGCGGUAAGACUAUAGAUUUAUCGGAGGAAAGGCGUGAUACCCUUCCAGGAUAUAAGAUAACAAAGCAUAAGAAGACAGCAGGUAAAUAUUAUAGUCUUUAUCAGGGAGCAACCGAAUUUCAUGGAUUUCACAAAUUGGAAGAGUAUAGCGAGGUUUACGCUUACUUUUGGGAGGGAGAUGAUGAUUAUAAAAGACCCCUGAUAAUUCAACUCGGUAGUGGAAGUGAAUACUAUACUAGUGCUAAGGAUAGUACAACUUGGAGUAGGGAUUUUAGCAUCACAUCUGAUACACUCUUGACCAGACUUGAUCAAGAAAAUUGUAAGAAAAAUGAAGCCCAUGUUAUGGAUAUUUCCAAGGAGGAGGAAGGACUGUAUAAAUGUCCACUAUCUGUUUGUAACAAGAAAAUAGUUACCCUUUCAUUUGAAAAACCAGUACCAUAUGCACAUUCAUUAAAACUUGUGGGUAGCUCAAUAACUAGGUUUGAGAAUAAAGGAACGGUUCAAAAUGGACUACCAUUUCCGAGGAAGGUAGAUUCUUUUUAUAUGUAUCUUGAUCUCAAAGAAAAUAAAGAUACACUUCUUAUUUACGUAGAUCCAAUUGGAAUGAAAAGGUAUUGGCAGGGAUAUACAGGUCCAAAAUGGUACAGAAGAGAUUUUUAUGAUAAAAAUACUUGGAGCGAAGUUUCUGGAGAUAAGAAACCUAGCAGUCCUUAUGAUUCUAAGAAAAUACUAAGGAUUCUCUUGGAAUAUAUUCAACUAAAUCAGCCAGAAAUAGAAAAGGUUCAAAGACUAGAGGAACCCGGAUUUCAAGAUUCUACUCCGGUGGGACAUCCUUAUUUUAUCCUUGAGAAGACCAAUCGCUUUGAGUAUGCAGAUUAUGGAGAUACUUAUCCGGUUUUCCCGACGGAUAUAACUGUAGGAUCUUCUGUUACUCCAUAUGAAUUUGAUGUAGUUGUAUGUAAUAGGGGCACUCCGAAUCACGAAGUUACCGUUGAUUGUAAUCUGACUAAUAUUAAUGGAGAUGAGUUGGUAACAGACAUGUAUACAGGACCUAUGGAACAUGAACAAAUAACCCCUAAUGUUGGAAUUACGAAUAUCGUAUUUUCUGAUUCAUCUUCAGAGAUAUUAAGUUCCAAGGAAGUGGCAGAAAACAUUGAAAGUACCGGUCCUGUUACUAUAACUGUACCGUAUAUAGACCAAAGUGGAGGACAAUAUAGUUCACCUGGGUUGGAAGGGAAGCCAUCUAACGGCAUUUAUAGAGGAUAUUCUGGUUCACCUUCCACCACUUAUGGUGGAGAUGCUGUUUACGAGAGUUAUACCACAGUAGAACAUGAAGAACGUGGAUGUAUUGCAUCUGAUUUGGAAGAUGUCGAAGAAAGUCACUCAAAUUACGCUCUUUUUGAGACUAGAGCACCUACUCAAGUUACUGAUCUUCGUACUACUCCUGUAGAACUAUCUUUUUCUCAACCUGGAAAAUACAUUGUAAAGCUAGAAGGUACGCUCCCUCAGUCCGGUGGAGAGUCUUCUACUGACGUAGUUGAUUCAAGAUUUUCGGAUUCUCCCCUUGUCACAUCUGGCUUGGGUAUUCUCGUUGAGGAAGAUUACAACACUAUGGAACACACUACGCAUGGACAUGCCGUUGAUCAUGAAAGUUAUGAUACAGUGGACUAUGAUGAAUAUAGAGCUACUGCUCCUUGUGUUGAAAUCGAUGAGACUGAAUAUAGACCAAAUGUUUUAGAUUCUACAAUUGAACAUAUUCGUCAUAGUGGUGUUCAAGGAUCUCCCAUUUCUGAUGUACCUAAAGGAUAUUUUGAUCCACCUCCUAUUACUUCUACUGUUCAAGGUACUCCAGUGGCAGAAAUGGCUGAAGAUGCUAUAGAUGCUGAAAUAGUAAAAGAACAUCUUUCUGUUCAAGGCUCUUCUAUUUCUGAUACACCUACCACAGUAUAUCUUGAACCUGCUCUCCCUCAUACUGGUGUUGAUGGACAUCCUAUUGCUACCGCUAAAUCUCAUGGAGGUACUAAAGCUCUAGCACUAGACUCUUCUACGGAUCCUACUCUUCUCACUGGUGUUUAUGGUAGAACUAUCCAAUCUAAGGGAGGUGAACCUCUUCUUCAACAUAUUCAGUCUGAAGGAUCUAUUCCCUCUGCUUCUAUUGAUCCGCAACCUCCCGUUCCCACUGGCGUUAAUGGAGUUCCUAUUGAUACUACUGUCAUCGUUGGAGAAUCCCCGGAUGUAAUAAUCACCUUUGAUAGUUCUCCAGUAGAUCUGGUUUAUGAUUCUCAUUUGGUUGUAGGUGGUUCCAACUCCUACCAGUCCACGGAGGAAACUGAACCAAACUUGUAUUAUGUUGAGGAACGUUUUGAUAGUAUAAUACCUGAAUCAAUCCAAUUGGAUGUCUCUCAUAUAUCAAUUGAUGAUGCAAAAGUUGUGGAUAUAUACAUUGAUAGUCUUUUCAAAACUGAGCAGAAACUCACAGAAACGAAUAGUUUAAUAGUAGAAUCCGCCAUAGCUGGCGCGUUAGGACUUCAGGCUCUUCGGCUUGUUCUAGAGGCAACUCUUGUACCAACUCUUGUUUUUGCUGAGCAUAUCUUUAAAUCCGCCGCUGAUGGUAUCUUACCAAAGGAACCCUGCCCAGCUGUUACCCCGAUACUUCCAGUAUGUGUUGCAGAUCCAUCCAUUACUUGCUGUUGGUGGUGGUAUCUUUUAUGGGUUAUAAUAGUUUUACUUGUUAUUAUUCUGGUAUGUGUUCUGUGUAGAAGAUCAAUAAAAGUCUUGAUUAUCAAGGUAUAG